AUGACAACACCGAUGGAGCUUGGCGUGAUCGCGUUGUCGUUACUGACAACGAUCUGUCGGGCCAACGAACUCAAGGACUACUGUUCGAUGCACAAGUUUGACAAUUUACCGGGUGGCUUGAGGUUUACGAAGGAGGUCGUAACAACGGAGUACGCGAAUAUCGGUGCAUUCAAAGCCCUCCAUUGCUGUCUGCGGGGGUAUAGGAGUAUCGAAUGGUACAAGGACAACAGGGCUUAUCCAUGGCCAGGUGGCGAGAGUCACUUUAUCCUGUACCCGGAGAGUGCGAACCAGACGAUUUACGCGCAGAAGGUGAGAGCCUCGGAUGCGGGACGAUAUUCGUGUCGGGCGAGGAACGACACGACCAUCCUCGAAGGAGAUAUCACUCUCGCCGUCCUCGGGGAGAAGUCCGGCGGAUAUACGGGCAAACCGCUGCCAACGUAUCGGCCAGCCUCGCAAUUGGUCCCCCUGGGUGGCGCGGCGAGAUUGUUUUGCGAGGCGUACCUGGGAAAAGUCGAGCUUCCGGACGCGAAAAAUUCGGUGACCUGGUCGAAGAGCGAUAGCAACGUCACUCUACCGAAUCACGGCAGGAUCGCCCAGCACAGAGUCUCAAGGGAAAACAAUCAGAUCAUCGGCUCUUAUUUGGAGAUCGAGGACAUAACUCUGGAAGAUUACGGGGAGUACAAGUGCGAGGUUAGCAACGGCGUGGACGAGGAGAUCACGUUACCCGCUCACGUUUAUCGACAAGAGCCACAGUUCGCGUUGGGACUUCAAAACGGAUCCUGGAGGAAGUCGUUUUUGGUGGGUGUGCUGGUUCUGGUGCUACUCAUCUCCGCUGGUGCGUUCUACGCGCGCUGCUGGCUGCCACUUGUGCUGCUUUGCCGCGACAAAUUCGCCCCCCUCGAGGAGAACGACGGGAAGGAAUGCGACGCCCUGGUGUGCUACCACGAGAAAGACUCGAGCCUGGUCAUCGGUAUAGUGAUCCCCACGCUGGAGUCGAGGCAUCGAUACAAGUGCACGCCGUUGGAGCUCUCCCAGCUGAAUCAGAAUUGGGGUCUAGAAAUAGGUCCGCACGCGACCAGCUGCCGGAGGAUUAUCGUGAUCCUGAGUCCCUCGUCCCUGGGGAAUAUCUGGAACGAGAGCAGCGUGGGUGCAGUGCUGAAGCAGCUAUCGUCGCUCUCGACGCGAACGAUAGUGAUCGCCACGAAGGAUCUACCAAACACGACCACGAUUGCGAAACGAUCAAGUCGAGGCUGCAACGAUGCCGGAGAACUCUCCCUCGAUCGCUUCAAGAUCCUCCAGUGGGAGGAGAACGGAAGUUCAGCUUCCGGGAGCAAGAAGUUCUGGUACAAGCUUCGACUAGCGAUGCCGCCGGUUCGACCGAUCAAUUCUCAGACCGGCUGCCAGUCCGUCGCUAUGAUUGUUCAAGCGAAUGGUAAAUGUGGACAGCAGAAGGCUCGAUCGCGCGAAAGCCUCGAGGUUCUCGUUUAA